CGGGUCUCUUUCUAUUUUAACCAAACCUAGCAGAUAGAUAGAUGUGAUGGCGUCCUCCGUGCCGGUGAAGAUAGGAAUCAUUGGCGGCUCAGGCCUUGAUGAUCCAGAUAUCCUGGAGGGAAGAACAGAGCAUUACGUUGACACACCCUAUGGAAAGCCAUCAGAUGCUUUGAUAUUGGGGAAGAUCAAAAAUGUGGAAUGUGUGCUCCUGGCAAGACAUGGGAGACAGCACACCAUCAUGCCAUCGAAUGUUAACUACCAGGCCAACAUCUGGGCUCUCAGAGAGGAAGGCUGCACUCAUCUGGUGGGCACCACAGCUUGUGGCUCCCUGAGGGAAGAGAUUCAGCCUGGAGACAUCGUCAUCAUCGAUCAGUUCAUUGACAGAACCACCAAGAGGCCUCAGACGCUGUAUGACGGGCAGCCCACCAGUCCGCCGGGUGUCUGCCACAUCCCCAUGGCUGAGCCUUUUUGCAACAAAACCAGAGAGGUUCUGGUGGAGGUGGCGCGGAGUUUGGGCGUCAAGUGCCACGUGCGAGGGACCAUGCUGACCAUUGAAGGACCCCGUUUCUCCUCUCGGGCUGAGAGCCUGAUGUUCAGGCAAUGGGGCGCUGACGUCAUCAACAUGACCACCGUCCCAGAGGUGGUCCUCGCCAAAGAGGCUGGCCUGUGCUACGCCAGCAUCGCCAUGGCAACAGACUACGAUUGUUGGAAGGAACAUGAAGAGGCGGUUUGUGUCGACAAUGUCCUGAAGACGAUGAAAGAAAACGCAAACAAAGCCAGCAGCAUCCUGCUUACUGCCAUACCACAGAUCAGUCAGAUGGACUGGACUCAGACCGUGAAGAACUUAAAAACGAUGGCUCUGUGUUCAGUAAUGUUACCAAAGCACUGAGUUGGCAAUCAAAACUUGGACCAGAGGAGGAGGAGGAAUAAUCCCACACAAACACGUGCACGUAUCCAGUCACUGACGAAACGGCGCCCAACUCUGCUUAAGGAUUCAUAAUUGGUGAAUCAUUGAGAAGUGCCUCACAGGAAUAAUGCACCGGUUGUUUGUGUCUAGCUGGAGCUUAGGGACUUUCCUUUUUUGAAAUGCACCUCGAAGCUUCAUGCUGAUUCACAGGUCAAUCCUUUUCACCCUUUGAUCCAUGCUUUUUAAAAGUCUUGAAAUUAUACUUGAUAUGUUGCAGAGUGAUAUAUUUUGUAUUUUAUAAACCUUUACACUUUCUAUAUGUCCUGCCUUUAAACUGUCCAUCUUAGUCGCAAUUUAACCAGAUGGAAAGAUGAACUUGCACGUUUAGCACCUACAAGUAUUAUAUCAGUCUUGAUCUCAAUACAGCAGUUAAAUUUUGAUUUUUAAAUCUCCAGAUCAUAAAAAUAUUUUUUUUGCUUUUUUAGUAAAUUGCUUUUUGGUAUAAUCUUUUUCUUUCUGCUAUCUUACAAUUAAUUGACAAUAGAACUUGCAGUUUAAGUGCUACAUGUAGUUUUUGCAGAACAUAUAUUUCAUGCAAAUUUAUAAAAUAGGAAAACUGUAGGUUUAUCCGUAAGUCCAGCGUUUCAAUUCACUUAAAUCAUGUUUUGUGUUCUAUCUUGUUAUUUUGUUUGCCUUUACUUUUCAUUGCUCUGUGUGUUGCACAAUAUCCAGCUCACUUG